AUGGUUAUAAUAAUUGUUUUUUCUGUUAUGUUUUUAAUUAGUUUAAUUGCAGUGGCAUCUAACCCUUCUCCCUAUUUUGCUGCUUUAGGGUUAAUAAUUGGUGCUGGUGUUGGGUGUGGUAUAUUGACGCAGUUUGGUAUGACUUUUUUAUCGAUAAUUUUGUUUUUAAUUUAUCUAGGCGGAAUAUUAGUUGUUUUUGCAUAUUCUGCUGCACUUGCAGCGGAGCCUUACCCAAGUGCAUGGGGUUCUUUAGAGGUUUUUUCUUAUGUAGUGGGGUAUCUUAUAUUAGUUGUUGUAAUAUGAAUAUUACUAGUUAAUGAUUUUGGGGCUUUUGAUGAAAUUGAGGGUUGUGUUAUAUCAGUGCGACGUUAUGUAGGAGUGUCUGAGAUAUAUAAUGCUGGCGGUUAUAUGUUGUUAGUGGCCGGUUGGGUAUUAUUGGUAGCUUUAUUAGUAGUUCUAGAAUUAACUCGUGGGUUCGGUCGGGGUUGUCUUCGUGCAGUUAGA